AUGUUGCUUUCUCACCCAGUAGCCCUCUCCAUUUUGGCUGCUCUCACCGCCAAUGCCAUGGUCAUUCCAAAUGUCGGCGACGUCAUUGAUGUGUUCAAGACUCAAGACAAGAACAAUGCUCUUGCUGAGUUGAAGAACGGCAUCCAGGAGGCCAUUCACCAUGCUGGUGACGCUCUUUCUUCUGCCAUCUCCACUAUUGCCGAGUAUGAGCAAAUGUUGGCUGGCUCCGACACCCUUGCUCCAUUGAUGGACAACCAGGCCGACACCAUUGCACACAAAUACAUGGUUGUGUUCAAGGAGAAUGUGCCCAAGGAGACCAUUGACUUCCACCAGCUUUUUGUUGCCAGCAAGCAUGCCGAGGACGUGUCUCUGGCCAGCCCAUCCGACCCAUACUUUGCCUCCGUCGCUGAGAACAACGGUAAGGAUGGUAUCUUUGACAAAUUCGAGAUCGGCAAUCUCCAAGGUUACGCUGGAUACUUCUUGGACUCUACCCUUGACUGGAUCCGCCGUGACCCAUCUGUCGACUACGUUGAGAUCGACUCGGUCGUCCGUGCCAACGAGAACACCGUUCAGAACGGUGCUCCAUGGGGUUUGGCAAGAAUCUCGCACCGCCCAUCCCUCUCUUUAGGUACUUUCAGCAAGUACGUUUACGACGACGAGGGUGGUGACGGUGUUACCGCUUAUGUGGUUGACACUGGUGUCUACAUCAAACACAAGCAAUUUGAGGGUAGAGCCAAAUGGGGUGCUACCAUUCCAACUGAUGACGCUGACGUUGACGGCAACGGUCACGGUACCCAUUGUGCUGGCACAAUCGCAUCGAAGGACUACGGUGUGGCCAAGAAGGCCAAUGUGGUCGGUGUCAAGGUCUUGAAGUCCAACGGUUCCGGUUCCAUGCUUGACGUCGUCAAGGGUGUCAACUUUGUGCUCACCUCGCACAAGAAGGCCAUCAGUGCUGCAGCAAAGGGCUUCAAAGGCUCUACUGCCAACUUGUCCUUGGGUGGUGGUAAGUCUCCUACCCUUGACAAGGCUGUUAACGCUGCAGUAGCUGGUGGUAUCCACUUUGCUGUUGCUGCAGGUAACGAGAACCAGGAUGCUGGUAACACCUCUCCAGCAUCUGCUGAGUUGGCCGUCACUGUUGGUGCUUCUACCAUUGCGGAUGCCAAGGCGUACUUCUCCAACUAUGGUAAGACGGUUGACAUCUGGGCUCCAGGUCUCAAUAUCCUCAGUACCUACAUCGGAUCCGAAACCGCCACCGCCACCUUGAGUGGAACCUCUAUGGCCUCUCCACACAUUUGUGGUUUGUUGUCCUACUAUGUCUCUUUGCAACCAGGUUCUGGCUCUGAGUUCUUUGCCGCCGGUAAGGGUGUUACUCCAGCUCAAUUGAAGAAGAACUUGGUGAGUUUUGCUUCCAAGGGUUUGUUGUCUGACAUUCCAAGCGAUGGUACUCCAAACCUUUUGGCAUUCAACGGUGCAGGCAACUUGACUGACUUCUGGGCCAGCUCUUCCUCAAACUUUGAUUCCGAGUCCGAGUUUGAGAUCGAUGCUGAGGUCACUGACCUCAUGGAGAAGUUGGAGGAGAAGGCAGAGGACUUUGUCGAAGAGAUUAAGCACAUGGUGUCUGGAAUCUACGGCAGAGAGUAA